UUAGAAACUUCAGAAAUAAAGCUAGUCACUUCUUUUGAAGACUCUUGUGGCUCUAAUGCCAAAAAGCAGACUCUUACAACAGCACCAAAAUAUCCUCAGAAAUUGCUUUUACCAAAGCCCAAAGUGGCUUUGGUUAAACUACCUAUUAUGCAGUUUUCUCCUGUGCCUGUCUUUGUGCCUACAGCUGACUCCUCGGCCCAGCCUGUGGUGUUAGGUGUUGAUCAUCAGGGCUCUGCCUCUGGUGCUGUGCACUUACUGCCCUUGUCAGUAGGAACUCUGAUUCUUGGCCUUGACUCAGAAGCCUGCUCUCUUAAGGAGAGCCUUCCUCUUUCAAAAAUUAUAAAUCCUGUUACUGUUGAGCCAGUUAGUACAGGUGUUCAAGUGAACUUGAGUAAAAAUCCAUCUAAUCCUUCACAAGAACUAGGGAACGCAUGUCAAAAGAACAGCAUUUCUUCAAUCAAUGUACAGACAGAUCUGUCUUACGCCACACAACACUUUAUACCUUCUGCACAGUGGGUCAGCCCUGAUUCCUCUGUAUCGUCUUGUUCUCAAACUGAUUUGACUUUUGGUUCUCAAGUUUCCCUUCCCAUU